AUGUUCGCUCAUCUCGAAGAGUUCUCGGUUAGUCGGUGUGAAACCCCUCCAGUUUCACCUCAGACGUCCCAGGUCCUUGAGAAAUUGCGAAGAUACUACCUAGACAACAACUUCCACAACUUCCAAGAGACUCUUAACUCCAAUUUAUCCUUCCCAGGUUUCGAUAUACGCAGUCUCUCUUGUGUAAUGAGUGAAGUUAUCAAACUGAAAAAAGCACGUUUCGUGGAAGAGUUGUUUCGUCAUGGGCUGCCUAUGUCACCGAGCUUUGCACGCGAAGCUGUCGAUGCUGAUGCAAAAGAAGUCUUACAAAGCUUCUUAUAUUAUGGAUGGGAUAUCAAUCAACCAAUGGCCCCGGAGUCACCUCCAAUUCUCAGUAAUGCCUUACAGAGCUUAGAAAUGACAACAUGGCUCCUUGAUCAUGGGGCAGAUCCCAAUCAACGAUGUGAAAUCGACGUAACCCCACUCUCCUAUGCUGUCGAACGCGCCUCCUUUUCAAUUAUCAAACUUCUCCUCGAUCGUGGCGGUGAUGUAACAACGGGUCAGCUUUUGCACCACGCAGUGAUGCGGGAGUCUGAUUCACUUGAAGCGGUGGAACUUCUCAUCUCACAGGGUGCUGAUGUGAACGCAGUAAUGUACCAAAACCAUCAACCUUCUUUAGAAAGGAGAUUUUUCAUGGCAGAGACUCCCCUUCACACAGCGAUCUACUAUGGUAAACAAGACGUUAUUCGUUAUCUAAUCAGCUCAGGAGCAGACGUCAGCAUCAAAAACGCCAAGCGGGAAACGGCUUUGCAAUUCGCAUUGAGAACCAAUAAGUCGAUUUGGACGGAAAUAAUACAAGCAAACCAAGCGUACCGAAUUCUGCAUUUCCAUGCGUCGUUGUGA